AUGUCUUCCCACAGAGACAUCCCCGACGACAUCCUCAACCGCCUCAACAGUGUUUCAGGCUCCUACAACCCCAGGGACGACGGCCAGGAGCGAGUAGCUGCCGUUGUGGCAGAACACCUGCCCGAUGGGUACACCGCCGCCUUUGAUGGCUUUGACGGCGCCAGUCCCGCUGCUAACGAAUCCAACGGCCCGGCCGGCUCAAGUUCCAAUCCGGAACAGGCCGACGACUCCGAACCCCCCGUGGAGUCCUCUCUCCUCCUACAGGGCGGUGACAUCCACCGUGACCUGUUCAAGAUCCCCGCCCAAGCACCCGGUCUCCAGCGUGCCAUGACCUUCUCUCACCCCGUCCGCACUGACACCCCCGACAACGGGCUGACCGCCGCCGACAUCAACCAGAUCCAGGGGUUCCGGAGGCAUCACGUAUUGCAGAAGCAGCAGACGCAACGGCCCAGGGGGGGCUUCCAGGGCGGCACCAGCAUGCCCAUCACCCGCAGUUUUGUCGAGUUCUUGGACCUCUACGGCGCCUUUGCUGGUGAAGAUCUUGCCGACUCCGAUGAUGAGGGUAUCACCGAUGAGGAGGCUACCCCAUCUGAGCAGGCCGUCGACGAGCAGGAGGCCAAUGAGAAUAGUCCUCUCAUCCGUCGGCGGCCCCACCACAUAAGGAGAAAGUCCUCCCGUGUGUUGAGGCGGCAAGGUGACGCUUCCACCACCAAGACAUUCUUAACCCUCCUCAAGGCAUUCGUGGGCACGGGCAUCAUGUUCCUGCCUAAGGCCUUCUACAAUGGCGGUAUCCUCUUCUCGUCUAUGUGUCUCAUAUCUAUCGCUGCCAUCUCCAUGUGGGCCUUCCAUCUCCUACUCAAGUGCAGGACCUCCUGUGGCGGUUCCUACGGAGAGAUCGGCGAGACCAUCGCCGGGCCCUGGAUGCGCAAUGUUAUCCUGACUAGCAUCACACUCUCACAACUGGGCUUUGUGUGCACGGGUCUUGUAUUUGUUGCCGACAACUGGUUCAGCUUCUUGGCGGCCGUCUCCAACGGCGCCAAUCCGCUCGGCAUCAAGGCCCUCAUCGCCCUGCAGGCUCUAUUGCUCAUUCCGCUAUCCUUCAUCCGCAACAUCUCCAAGCUAGGCGCCGCGGCCACCCUCGCCGACGCCUUCAUCCUCAUCGGGCUCUGCUACAUCUGGCAAUACGACAUUAGUCACCUGGCCACCAAUGGUAUGAGCCCUACCGUCGAGCUGUUCAAUCCCAAGGCCUACACCUUGACCAUCGGCGCCUCCAUUUUCACGUUCGAGGGCAUCGGGCUCAUCAUCCCCAUCCACGCGUCGAUGCGCCACCCAGAGAAGUUCGAGCCGCUGCUGGGGCUGGUGAUGCUCAUCAUCACCUGCAUCUUCACGUCGGUCGGGGCGCUGUGCUACGCGACCUUCGGCGACCGCACGCAGAUCGAGGUCAUCAACAACUUCCCGCAGGACUCGCGGCUCGUCAACGCGGUGCAGUUCCUGUACGCGCUAGCCGUGCUGAUCGGCAACCCAGUGCAGCUGUUCCCGGCCAUGCGUAUCCUCGAGGGCCGCAUCUUCGGCCACCGCAGUGGCAAGAAGGAUCUGCUGACCAAGUGGAAGAAGAACGCCUUCCGCACCGCCCUCGUCGUCGUCUGCUGCGCCAUCAGCAUCGGCGGCAGCACCAACCUCGACCGCUUCGUCGCCCUCAUCGGGAGCGUUGCCUGCGUCCCGCUCGUCUACGUCUACCCGGCCUUCCUGCACUACAAGGCCGUCGCUAUCACGCCGCGGGAGAAGAUCGCCGAUGGGGUGCUCAUGGCGCUGGGGAUUGUUGGGAUGUUCUACACGACGGCGAUCACUGUUGCGAGUAGUUUCGUGUGA